AUGGAAGAAGAAGAAUAAUAUAUUGAUCCUUCUAAAAAUGAUGUUUAUUGCGGCAUUUAGAUAAUCAGUGAAAUAAUUCCUCCAAAUAAUUUUGGUAAGGGAGGUUUGUAUUUAGGGAGAGUCCAUAUGGUUGAAAGAGAAAAGUAGAUUUAAUAAAUGAAGAUAGGAGCUAUUCUAUCAAUAAUUGAUACUCCUGUAGAAAUACACCCAAAAAGAAAAAUCAAACACAAAUUCAUAUAAAUGGAGGAUGAACCAGAGAAAGAUUUGUCUAAAUUUUUCGAUGAGGCUAAUAAAUUUAUAUCAGAUAAUCUUUUGCACACGAAUGUAUUUGUGCACUGUUAAAUGGGCAUUUCCAGAAGUUCUACAAUAGUAAUUGCGUAUUUGAUGAAGCAAAGAAAAUAAAACUUUUAAACAACAUUAGAAUAUGUAAGGAGUAAGAGAGAUUGUGUUGAUCCUAAUGCUGGCUUCUAAGAAUAGCUUAAAAAAUGGGGCUAAAAAUUACAAUUAAAAUGA